UGUUCAGGCGAAAUAAACGUGUCCCAAGUCAAGCCCCAUGUCAGUAUAAUUUGUUAAACAAAAUCCCUUUCGUUAGGUAGAUGACGAUGACACGCAGUAAGGUCCAAGAGAAUCCACACAAGUGUAUAUAAGUGCCCCCGCAAUUGCUCCACCAUCCAAAUCCUCAAUUCUAUCUCUUUGAGGGAAACGAAAUCCAGAAUUCUAUCCGUCACCGGUUCUCUGUCUUGCUUCUUCUCCCUCAGCACUAGUUCUUAAUCUUUAACUUUGGCUCUUCUUGGCAUUUCCAAAGAAACAUUUUUCCGAGCUUUAAUUAUCUCUGUACUUUCUAUAUAUGGAUCCAGAGAAAGUCCAUUUCAGACUUUCAGUUCAUGGUCCAUCUCAUCUCUGCUAACCUGAUUCAUUGACUGUGAUAUCUUCUUUGACGUGAUAAAGACGAGAAAGACUCUGCGAGUAAGCGAAGAAUGAGUUCUGUGAAUCUGGGUUCAUGGGUUAACACCUGCACAAUCUUCGGCCAAGCGAAUCGACCCAGAUCCAGAUCUUCAAGGGUCUCCAUUCCUCUCAGAUACCCAAAACAAAGGCGAGUGCUUUCAGUUUCUGCAAUCCUUACUAAGGAAGAACAGUCCCUCCGGCAAGACCAGAACGAGCCCAAACCUCCGUUUAAUUUCAAGUCUUACAUGGUUCAGAAGGCUAAUUCUGUUAAUCAAGCCCUAGACGACGCCGUUUCACUCCGGGACCCGCAGAAAAUCCACGAGGCGAUGCGCUAUUCCCUCCUCGCCGGAGGCAAGCGCGUCCGUCCCGUCCUCUGCUUGGCCGCGUGCGAGCUCGUCGGCGGCAUCGAAUCCAUGGCCAUGCCCGCCGCCUGCGCCGUCGAGAUGAUUCACACCAUGUCCCUCAUCCACGACGACCUCCCCUGUAUGGACAACGAUGACCUUCGCCGGGGCAAGCCCACAAAUCACAAGGUCUUCGGUGAAGACGUCGCCGUUUUAGCAGGUGACGCCCUGCUCGCAUUCUCCUUCGAACACAUAGCUGUAACCACUCCAAAUGUUUCCCCUGCCCGGAUCAUUCGCGCCAUCGGCGAAUUGGCCAAAGCAAUCGGCACCGAAGGGCUUGUGGCAGGACAAGUUGUUGACAUAAACUCAGAGGGAUUGGGAUCAGAACAGAUCGACUUACAGCGGCUUGAAUUCAUUCACCUCCAUAAAACGGCAGCAUUAUUGGAGGCAGCUGUCGUUCUGGGUGCUAUAUUGGGUGGAGGGAAUGAUGCGGAGGUUGAGAAAUUGAGGAAGUUCGCCAGGUGUAUUGGUUUGUUGUUUCAGGUUGUGGAUGACAUUCUUGAUGUGACCAUGUCUUCAAAGGAGUUGGGUAAGACGGCAGGGAAGGACUUGGUAGCUGACAAGGUGACAUAUCCAAAGCUUAUGGGGAUAGAGAAGUCGAGGGAGUUUGCAGAGAAGUUGAAGAAGGAGGCCAAGGAGCAAUUGGUUGGUUUUGAUCCGCAAAAGGCAGCGCCUUUGAUAGCGUUGGCGGAGUACAUUGCGAACAGGCAGAGUUGAUGAAUAAUUUGGCAUGCAUUUGUUGUUCUAGAUUUUGUUGUUUGCUCAUUUGUUUAGGAGAAUUGAUCUUCAGUAAGCAUUUGAAAUUAUAUGCUGUAUGUGAUGGAGAAAAAAAAAUGAACUUUUGAUCUUGCCAGUAAUGAACAAGAUUGAAUUGUUUCACUAUCA